AUGUAUCACCUACUACCCGCUUCAUUGAUCGGCUUGUUGUUUUGUGGAGUGUCAGGUUUCGAGCUUGUGUCCAAGCCAACAAAGCUAGAUAUCAAUGCCUCAAGCUUUAUUGAGAAUGUGCCAACCUUCUUUGAUCUAUCUGAUCUGCAUUUGGUAAAAGUAGAGCAUGCCUUUGACUCUUACUGGGCAGGCGGCAUCGUCCGGACCACGAGCAACGAUAACUAUCUUCUCAUGGCACACGCCGCUGUCUAUGGCAAUGUGACAACUUAUCGCGGGGGUAUUCUUUCCCUCGACGACCCUCUCGGAUACCACCCAAAAUACUAUCAAGCGGUCAACACGUUCACUCAUAAUAACGGUACCGUGGAGCCAUUCCACCUAACCAUACCUGGCAAUGUGUUUGACAUGGAAUUGAUCGGGCCUGCCAACGAAUGGUUUCCACGACUAAAAAUUACCAGUCGUGUGCCGGAAACAAAGUUCAACAUUGCCAUCGAUAUGGACAAGGCCGGACCACCAGUGCUGAACGCGGGACUCGGCUCAUGGCUUUGGGUGGGCGAACCCCAACACCAAGUGUCCGUACCACGCGGCCGCCUCAGUGGCACAUUCACUGUUAAUGACACCCUCUUCACUAUCGACCCGAGCCAAUCCCUUGGUUGGUACGAUCGUCAAUGGGGGCCUACUUUAGCGCCAGCCUUUACAUGGCUUGGUCUCUAUCUAACCUCAUCCAACACGUCACAUGAAGAAAUUUAUGCUUCCAUCUGGAAUUGGGAAGAUGACGUGAAUGGGAACAAGUCAUUUGCUACAAUCCAGAGGCCGUCUGGGAUCAACACUAUUGUGCCUUUAGCCGAUUUUACCGUCACGGACAGCUUUCAAUCUCCAGUAUCCAACAAAACAUACUCGCUAGACCAUAGGAUCAGAUUGGCAGAUGGAACCCUCCUACACAUAAAACCUGUUCGACGCGAUCAAGAGUUUGUCAUGCAGGGUUUCGACAAUCCAUUUUACUCAGGAGCGGUGGAAGUGACAGGAAAUCAAUAUACUGGUUACGGUUAUAUCGAUAUCUUGCCUGGAGGGGGAAGUUUUUAA